AUGUCUAUUCCUCAGAUGCAAUGGGCCCAGGUCGCCGAAAAGAUCGGGGGCCCACUUGUGUACAAGCAAAUUCCUGUUCCUCACCCAGGCCCGGACGAGAUUCUGGUGAAGAUUCGUUAUUCUGGUGUCUGUCACACCGAUCUUCAUGCCAUGAUGGGUCACUGGCCUAUCCCAGUUAAAAUGCCUCUGGUUGGAGGACACGAAGGUGCUGGAGUGGUCGUGGCCAAGGGCGCUUUGGUCAACGAAUUCCAGAUCGGCGAUCACGCUGGAAUCAAAUGGCUGAAUGGGUCGUGUUCUGAGUGUGAAUUCUGCAGGCAAUCAGAUGAUCCCCUGUGCGCUGAUGCAAAGCUUUCUGGGUAUACUGUGGAUGGUACGUUCCAGCAGUAUGCGAUCGGCAAGGCUACCCAUGCGUCGAAAAUUCCUAAAAAUGUCCCUCUUGAUGCCAUUGCUCCGGUUCUAUGCGCCGGUAUCACUGUUUACAAAGGACUGAAGGAAUCUGGAGUUCGUCCUGGCCAAACAGUCGCGAUUGUGGGGGCGGGGGGUGGGCUGGGGUCCCUUGCUCAGCAGUACGCAAAAGCUAUGGGUAUUCGGGUCAUAGCCGUGGAUGGAGGAGACGAGAAAAGGGCUAUGUGUGAGCAAUUAGGUGCCGAGGCCUAUGUUGACUUCAUGAAGUCGAAGGACUUGGUGGCUGAUGUGAAAGCAGCGACCCCGGGCGGCCUUGGGGCCCACGCUGUGAUCCUGUUGGCAGUUUCGGAAAAGCCGUUCCAGCAGGCUACCGAAUAUGUUCGGUCUCGAGGAACAAUUAUCGCUAUCGGCUUGCCGCCUGAUGCAUACCUCAAAGCCCCUGUGAUUAACACAGUGGUGCGCAUGAUCAGCAUCAAAGGUAGUUACGUUGGUAACCGACAGGAUGGCGUGGAAGCCAUCGACUUUUUUGCCCGCGGCUUGAUCAAGGCUCCCUUCAAGCUGGCCCCACUGAAAGAUCUCCCACAAAUUUUCGAACUCAUGGAACAAGGCAAAAUUGCGGGCCGCUAUGUACUCGAAAUGCCAGAGUAG